CCAAUAGGGACAAUCGCUGGCCGUUUUCCCAAGUCUUGACUUCGCGAAAAUCAACAUAUUUUAUCUACGUAUUAGACUUUCCUUCUUUAGUUCACACCCACAAGUUUUCCAAACAAAGUUUCAAUCUCCUCAACUCUGAUGAAUUUUCCUUAUAUGAUAAGUAGCUGUUCCUUCUUUUGUACUUGUCUGGUUUUUUUCUCCACAAUAUUCUGUGUCUGUGCUCUGGGGUUGAAGGUUGAAACGGAGGAAGAAGAUGGGAAACCAUUUGAGAAGUGUGUUGAUGGGGUUUUGGGUUAUGUUGGUGGUAAUGGGUGUUGGUACAGAGGGAGCAGUGUCUGUGAGUAGUAUGAAGAAGAUCGCAAGAGUCAACAAGGAGGGGCCAUAUCUGGGUAUAGUGGUGCCAAACUCCUAUGAGAUGGAUCCUCUUCUUCAAUCUCCAUCCUUUGUGGCUGAUGAUAAGUUCCCUUACUUGGACUUUGCAGGGAGAAGGUUCCGAAUAGGGAAGUUGGAGACCAAAAAUGUUAUCAUUGUAAUGACAGGAUUAAGCAUGCUUAAUGCAGGAUUAGCUACACAGUUGCUGCUAAGCCUGUUUAAGGUCAAUGGCGUUCUGCAUUAUGGAAUUGCAGGAAAUGCAAAUCCUAAUCUUCAAAUCGGAGACGUGACGGUCCCUAAAUACUGGGCUCACACAGGCCUUUGGAAUUGGCAGAGGUAUGGAGAUGGGCCUGACGAUGAACUAGCCUUUGAAUCCAGUGGAGACUACACCAGGAAAAUCGGGUACCUCAAAUUUUCUGACUACAACAACCAUACCAAAAAUGGCAACUCCUCGGAUAAUCUUCUGAACAACGUAUGGUAUCAACCCGAGGAAGUUUUUCCUGUGACAGGAACACCUGAAGUCAGGCAGCACGCCUUCUGGGUUCCUGUUGACAAGCAUUUCUACCAAGUUGCAAGGAAACUUAAGGAUUUGAAGUUGGAGGGAUGCGUGAAUUCUACAUGUCUGCCAAGAGCUCCAAUGGUGACGAGGGUGGAGAGAGGGGUGAGUGCCAAUGUGUUUGUGGACAAUGGCGCUUACAGAGAAUUCCUAUACUCCAAAUUCAACGCCACCCCCGUCGACAUGGAGAGCGCUGCGGUUGCUCUGGUCUGUCUCCAACAGAAGACUCCCUUCAUUGCCAUUCGGGCGCUCUCUGAUUUAGCUGGAGGAGGUUCAGCUUUGUCCAAUGAGGCCUCCGUCUUUUCUUCAUUGGCAGCUCAAAAUUCAGUUGAUGCUUUAGUCAGAUUCAUUGCCUUGUUGUAUUCGUAAUUGUUUGCUGCUUUGUACUCUUAUUGAAUAAUCCCCUCAAUGCAUCUGCCCAGUCUAUGCAAUGAGGCAUUUGUUUUCUUCAGUUUCAAAUCAAGUUUUAAAUGUGGAUUUGUUCA